AUUUAAAUAAAAAAUCAAAUUUUAUUGAAGGAAAUGGCAGCAAAUAAAUUUUGGAAGAAGAAAGAAGUAACAAUAUAAUUGUAAGUGAAAGUUAUCAAGCUUGGAAUAACAAGUUGGAUCAGCUUUGACAUAAAUUGAAACAACAAUAACAGAAGUCAAAAAUCUAAAAGUAUCAUCUGUAGUGGACUACACCUCAAAAAUAAAUGCAAAGAAGUAGGUCUAUUUGGUAUUAAUUCCUUAUCCAUGUUUGAGCAUUUAUAAUAGAAUCAGGUAUAGAUAUAUAUUAAUAAUAGCUCAAAAUUAUUACCUGAAUUAGAAAAGAGAGUCAAGGCCACAAUAUUAGUAGCUGCCAAAAGAACAAUUGAAAGCAAAUGGGUAAAGAGUCAUAGAUCUUAAACAAGACCCAACUCAAGAACUCUUACUUCUGUCUAUGAUGGCUUACUUGAAGAUUUAAUUAAUCCUUCAGUCAUUCUUGGAAGAAGAACAAGAGUCAGAGUUGAUGGCUCUAAAUUUUAUAGAAUGUAAAACAUUAGUCAAUUCAAUCUUAAGAUUCCUUGAUGAAAGCGAUCAAAAAGAAUUAGAGCAUAGACUUGAUUCAAUUAAAGAUGUCUACAAAGUACUCACAACUAGAGAUUUGGAAUUCGAAUUUAGAAGAGAUGAUACAUUCUAUCAAAAGAGAGGAGCAAAGAAAGUAGCCAAAAAAUGAACAUGAUUAUCAUAAGUAUAGUAAAAUACACGUUGUAUAUCCAAG